ACUUUCUUUUUCUUGCUUUUUUUUCCCUUCUUUUCCCCCCUUCAUUUGCAUAAUUCACCAUGAAAAUGAUGACAACCCUUUUGUUUCCUUCUUUCUUCAUUUGUCUAUAUAAUUGACACUCUCAAUCAACAAUGUUUUUACCCAUCCAUGGGACUCAGUAGCAUGAAGGUGCAUCAAUUCACACGUGGUGGUGGGUUCUGGCGCGACGAUGAAUCUUCAUCGUCUGGCCUCACCCUUGGCGCCUUCAAGCGUAUGCGCCCCCUUAACCCUAAGUUAACUAGUAGUGGUAGUACAGAAACUUGUCUCACCAUGAAUAAUAAUAUUAGUGUUAGCAAUAGCAGUAGCAGCAGUAGCCAUGUCACAGCAGCUUUUGACCUCAGGAGCUUCAUUAGACCCGAGAGUUCCCCGAUUCAACUCGUUUCACCCGACCACAAGAAAGAUUCUCCUCAGGUGGAGACACAUCCAGGAGGAACAAGAUGGAAUCCAACGCAAGAGCAAAUUGGGAUCUUGGAGAUGUUAUAUAGAGGUGGAAUGCGGACGCCAAACGCGCAACAAAUCGAACAAAUCACCUCUCAACUAAGCAAGUAUGGCAAGAUAGAAGGCAAGAAUGUUUUCUACUGGUUUCAGAAUCACAAAGCACGCGAAAGGCAGAAACAAAAGCGCAACAAUCUUGGUCUAACUCAUUCCCCAAGAUCAAUCCCAUCCUCCACCAUGAUCAACUCCAUCCCAUCAAACCCUAGAGGAGAAGUAGUGGAGAGUCCAUACAAAAAGUGCAGAAGCUGGUCAUUUGAGUGUUUGGAGAAAGAUGAAGAAGAAGAUGAUCAUAAAACCCUAGAGUUGUUUCCAUUACAUCCGGAAGGAAGAUGAAGAUCUUCAUGAAAAGGGUGUAUGGAUGGAUCUAUUGCUUAGUACUUUGUUGAAAUUUUUAUGGUCCCUAUCCGUUAAGCUUUCACUUUCGUAGGCUCUUUUCGUCUUUGUUUCGGGAAAGAAGAAAGACAAACUUGUAUCCUUGUACCAUCUUAAGAAGAUCUUUAUGUCUUAUUUAUUUUGACUUUGGAAACCAAAGCGUGCUUUAUUAUGGAAAAUGUUGCUCGCCAGUA